AAUCGUCGUGCAAUCGGAAUUAUGGAAUACAAUCCACCCAGUUUCACGUUUUUUUCACCUCUUGCAGUAAACGUGAACCAGGAACUGGACUUAACACCAUAUGGUGAAUUUAAGCAAAAAUUUGAGAAAAAGGCUCAAGCACCGGCUACAUGCAGCGGUAUGGUUUUUAUUAGCGAACUGAUGGCUUUUCGUGUUUCAGACAGCACCGAUGUCAGUAGCAGCGAAAUCAACGAUGGUAACGGCGUUCACAAAACAAGCAAAAAAUUUAUCAUCAAGAAAGAAGAUAAUUUGCAUCGUCUGCGCUGAACCGGUCAAUACUGA